AUGACACGAAAGAGAAGCAACAAGGCUCAACCAGCCGCCGUGAAAAAACCAGUCCAAGCAAGCAUAUCUCUUCCCACUACUGUUUCGGCUAUUAGGAACGAUCCGAAUCUCGGAUACAAACUUCGUGCACUAAUAUACGACUUACUCAACAUCUCUCGAGACCCUUGUUCGGAGAGGCGCUUGAAUACCACUACCGACGAGCAUUAUCUUAGCCUACCUUACUUCUCGUCGGAAGAAUCACAAGUAAUUAAGAAUGCCGUCAUCGACGUCGAGCCGGCGCUGUAUAAUGUUCCCGGGGACUUUGGCGAGGAUGACGCCCGGCUGAUCUCGAGGUCUGUGGCAGACGCCUUGGAGCUGGUUCUUUCAGGUUUUUUCGACAAGAGGCGUGCCAGCGGUGAUUCUAGGCCUUGUGGACCGCAUCAUCUCGCGCCUCUCUACGCUGCGCUGUAUGGGAUUAACUUGGCUGAGCUUCAAGACGCGAAAUUUCUUGCUCGUCUUAGAAGAAAUGGCAUUUGA